GAGUCCAUCACGCAUCGCGUCUUAACGGCCGCAGUUACUCGCGGGCUCAACGACUGCUCGCACACGCAACGCGACCCACCCGGUGGAUACAUAAUAAUACAAUAAUAGUAUAGAUCGGUCGUACAACAAUAUAAAUCGUCGAGUGCCGACAAUCGUCCAGUCAUCAUCAUCGUCGUCGUCGCCAUCGAUCCGAUCCACGAAAUCGUUCGGUCGUAGUGGAAACCCGUCUCGUCUGCAGUCGUCCGUCUUUGGCGACAUGAAGACGGCCGUCGCAGUAGCCAUCGCGCUGUCGCUGUGCGGAGCUCUUCCGUUCGUCGCAGUCGCCUUACCGAUAGCCGGAGAUGGACAAAAUGAAAGUGUAGCAACUGCUACCGAACUCCAGCCCACCGCCGAACCACAAGUGUCCACGACCGAGAAAAUUGUCGAGACCACUAUUCAACCUAUAGAUACCACGACCGAGAUUGUGAUUUCGACCGGAGUCGAACCAGUAGAGUCGACGACCGAGGACUCGGUUCAGACCACCGCUGAACCUACAGACACCACGACUGAAAUUGUGUACGAGACCACUACCGAACCAGCAGAAUCCACGACCGAGAAUGUGGUCGAGACCACCACUGAACCAACAGAGUCCACGGCCGAGAAUGUGGUCGAGACCACCACCGAACCGUUAGAAUCGACCACCAGUAGCACGGGAGUGGAUGAAACAACGACGGCGGUAAAUAAAACGAUGCCAGCAGAAGUAGUCAAGGACAAGCUGAGCGAACAGAUCAGAAAAAUCCUGAAACACUACCAGCGACCUGACCCCGUUGGCUUUCCAGGAGCCCCAAUUCCCGAUCCACUUAGCAUACCCCCCAUGAACAAAGACUUUGGCAUGGCGUACAUGACGUUCAAAAACAUGACCGUACACGGACUGUCCAAGUUCAAAGUAGAAAACGUCAAUACGGACUUAAAAAACAUGAAAGUGUACGUGUUGCUGAAAAUCAAGCGGAUGUACGUGCUCGGCAACUAUACUCUGAGAUCGUGGCUGAGCCGACCGGCGUCUGGCCCGUUCAACGUGACGCUCAUCGACGUGGAAGCCGCCGCCGAGGCUGCGCUCGAACCGGACGAGGACGGCAACCUGCAGGCCACCGAGACGGAGAUGGACAUGCAGUUCAGGGACUGCGAGCUGGACUUCAAAAACCUCGGGUUCGCAGCUUCCAUGAUGCAGGGCAUCAUCAGCACGAUGGGAUCGGUGCUGUUCGAGGGCAUCAAGCCGUUCAUCAUCACCGAGGUGAACACCAACCUGCGGGCGGACGUCAACGCCCAGGUGAAGGCCAUCACUAGCAAGCUGCCCAAGAUGACGGUACCGGUGCCGGACAUGGCGGUGGCCGAAGGACGGGCGUACGUCCGGCGCAUGGGCUUCGACCCUUACCACAUCGCCGACCGGCACAUCGCCGAGGGCCCCCUCAACUUCACCAUCACCGAGCUCACGGUGUCGGGGCUGUCCGAAUUCAAGCGGGUCGGCGACAUCGGGCUGCAGAUCCGCGGCCCCGUGCUCCAGAUGUCCGUCCACGUCAUCACCGGCGCUGUCAACGGAUCGCUGAGGUGGAGCUACCUGCUGGGCCUGACCAAGACGUUCGGUCGCACUGGAGUAUCCAACUUCACCGUGGACCACAUCCAGGUCCGGGCGCUGGUCAACCAGACACUGGACAUCCGCAACAAGCCAGUGCUGGAGAAGCUCGACAUCGAGGUUGGCAAGAUCGAGGUGCAGAUGGACAGGAAGGAGCCGCUCGACUUCGUCAUCGAGAUGGCAGUCAACUCGCUGCCGUCGCUGUUACGGCACAUCAUUGUAGACGCGCUCGAGGAGCCCAUCAAGAUGAAGGUGCAGACCAUACUGGACGAAGUUCAAGUCGAGAAGCUGGUCGAAGACAGGCUGCCCGAACUCGACCGGAUGGUCGGCGAUUGAAUGCCCGUCCACCCACUCCCAUGCCUACCCACCCACCCUUAUCAUCGCUCCCUUUCCAUCUACCCACCCGACUGCAAGUUCUUUCUUAAAGUUAUGUGACUAUGAUAAGCUAUAAUUUAAUAUUUAUAACCACCAGCACAGGUACGAUAGGAAUCAUUAUUCAUUAUUUUAACCAAUGUAUACGACUAUGUCUCUGCAGUUCUGAGCACCCAAAUCUCUUUAAACAUCUUUCUCUCAGUCAGGCCUACUCUUUCCGAUAAAAAGUCUUCAGCUAAGUUUCCAUUUCAAACGACGGUGGCUCCCUAGGUUUCAUUUAUCUUUUCACAAUAAACCUUGACGAGUCUAGUCAACGGCCUCGUUUGCCCGUCAUUUCUUUCAGUCCUCCAUCGCAUUGGUACAUAAUCUUUUCUUUCAACUUCCUAUGAGCAUCUACCACGCAAAAUUCUUGACCACAUAUUUAUAACCUUCAAACGUACAAGAAAUAUUAUUUUGGUAUACCUACGUAAUAAGAUCCAGUUCCAGCAACAUAUUGACGUUUACUUAGACAAAUAUUAUAAUACACCAUCAAUCUUAUGAAGAACUCAUCGUGUGUAAAGGUAUUACUUAUUACCUACUUACAGUAAUUAGAGGUUUUUUUUUUUAUUAAGUAGGUAUUUUUAUUUUAGUACCUAUGGAUACUUAAUAUAUGUAUGUUACAUUCGAUUAGCGUCCACAAAUUUCAAAUUUUAAAACCUAUUACCAAUAUUCGAUUAACAUGCAUAUAGGUAUAAUGUAUAAUAAUAUUAUUACAUUGUUUACGAUAUUUAAUUUUGUAUGUUCACGUAAUAAAACUGUAUCGCAGAUAAUAAUAUAUUAUAUUACCUACCUAACUAUUAUUGUAACUAACGACUCGUAAUACUAUAGUCUAUAGCUAAUUUGAUAAAAUACACAACAGAUUUGUUUGUUACAAUAUCAUAAACUUAGAAAUGCGUAGUACAUUACUCAGACGAUUCGUCGUUUGGAUUUUUCUACACAAACAUUAUUAUUACGAAACGCGUAUUAUGUAGGUAUACAUUUCGAUGUUUGUCUAUUUUAUCUAUCACGAUUGUAACAUCCUGAAAAUAUAAUAUAUAAUAAUGUGUGUUAAC